AUGGCGCCAGUAACUGUGUUUGUUAAAAUCCAGGGCAAGCUAGUGUUGCCAAUCAAGAUUCACAUCAACAGAAAGUCCAUACUCUCAUCUCACCUCUCCAAUAACAAGAACAGCAAAAAUGUCAUCUUUGAGUCGACAAUAUCUUCGAAAAACUUGAUCAAAUUGAGAAAGGCCCCCAGAAUCAUCAUGUCCAACAACGACAUGAAGUAUCUUGUCAACAAUGUAAUCAAAAAAGAGCUACUUGCCAUUCUUUUCAACGAUGCUGCACAGGACAAUGAGAGCCACACCACCAACUAUGAUAGCGACAGUAUCAACCUCCUCAUCACCAAAAAAAACUGGAAAUUGAAUCUCAACAUCAAGAAGGGGCUCUUGAGUACUCUCAGAAUGAUCUUGAAUGUUCACAGUGCUCUCGACGACCUUUGCCUUGAUAGGAUCGACCCCAGCGUUAUCAAUUCUAGCUACAACCUCCUACAAAAGACCUCUCACAGAGAGUUUGUCACCAAGAUCGACAUUGACUCAGACCCAGAGGCAGAGCCAGCAGAAGAAACAAAAAGUGCUGUUCAUUUCAAAUACAACAACCUCUUUGUCUUCAGCAAAGGCAUUGAUUUGUACGUGCUCCAAAAGGAACUCUAA